AUGGGACCCCCGGGACCCCCGGGACCACCCCCGGGACCACCGGGACCCCCCCCCACGGGACCACCCUGGGACCACCGGGACCCCCGGGACCCCCGGGACCACCCUGGGACCACCGGGACCCCCGGGACCCCCGGGAACACCCCCGGGAACACCCCUGGGACCACCGGGACCCCCCCCACGGGCCCGCCCCGGCUCCGCCUCCCUGCGCCGCCCCGCGACCCCCGCGACCCCCGGGAACACCGGGAACACCCCCCCAUGGGACCCCCGGGACCCCCGGGACCCCCCCCCUAUGGGACCGCCCCGGCUCCGCCUCCCUGCGCCGCCCCGCGACCCCCCGCGACCCCCCGGGACCACCCUGGGACCCCCCGCGACCCCCGGGACCACCCCCGGGACCACCCUGGGACCACCGGGACCCCCGGGACCCCCGGGACCACCCUGGGACCACCGGGACCUCCGGGACCCCCGGGACCCCCACGGGAACACCGGGACCACCCCCCCCUGGACCCCCGGGACCCCCCCCACGGGACACCCCCCACGGGACCGCCCCGGCUCCGCCUCCCUGCGCCGCCCCCGCGACCCCCCGCGACCCCCGGGACCACCCCCCAGGGAAACCCCCGGGACCCCCCCACGGGAACACCGCGACCCCCGGGACCACCCCCGGGACCACCCCCCCAUGGGACACCCGGGACACCCCCACGGGACCCCCGGGAACACCGGGACCCCCACGGGACACCCCCCACGGGACCACCGGGACCAGCCCCCAGGGAAACCCCCGGGACCCACCCCGGGACCACCGGGACCCCCACGAGAACACCGAGACCCCCCCACGGGACCCCCCCGGGAUCCCCAUGGGACCCCCUUCCCCCAGGACCCCCGGGAACUCCACGGGACCCCCCGGGAUCACCGGGACCCCCCACGGGAACCCCCCCACGGGACACCCCGGAAACACCCUCGGGACCCCCACGGAACCCCCCCGGUACCACUAGGACACCCCCGCGACCCCUCCACGGGACCCCCGGAACCACCGGGACCACCCCCGGGACCCUCCCACGGGACACCCCCCCACGGGACCACCCCCUAGGGAAACCCCCCCACGGGACCACCCCGGGACCACCGGGACCCCCGGGACUCCCUCGGGACCACCCCGAGACCACUGGGACCCCCACGGGAACACCGGGACCCCCCCCACGGGACCCCCCCCGGGACUCCCGGGACACCCACGGGACACCCCCCGCUCCCCGGGACCACCGGGACCCCCACGGGAACACCGGGACCACCCCGGGACCCCCCCACGGGACCACCGGGACCCCCACGGGAACACCGGGAACCCCAGGACCCCCCACCGGGACCACCGGGACCCCCCCCCCCCGGGAAACCCCCGGGAACACCCGCGGGACCACCGGGACCCCCACGGGAACCCCCCAGGGAAACCCCCCGCACCACUGGGACCCCCGGGACCACCGGGACCCCCCGGGACCACCGCGACCCCCGUCACGCCCCCGGAACCAGCGGGACACUCCCCAAGGGACCCCCCUCGGGACACCCCCGGGACCACCGGGACCCCCGGGACGCCCCCAGAACCACCGGGACCACCGCGACCCCCGCCCGCGACCCUCCCCGGGAACACGGGGGACUCACCCGGGACCCCCCCCCCGGGACCCCCAUGGGACCACCGGGACCACCCCCAGGACCUCCGGGACCCCCCCGGGAACACCGCGACCCCCCCCCCCCCCCCCACCCUGCGGGACCACCGGGACCCCCGAACCGCGGGACCCCCCGACCACCGGGACCCCCAAAACCGCGAGAUCCCCGGGACCCCCGACCCACGGGACCCCCGAAAACCAAGACAUCCCCGGGAUCCCUCAACACGCGGGACCCCCGACCCACGGGACCUCCGGAACCCCCAAAACAGCGAGAACGCCGGGACCCCCGACCCGCGGGACCCCCGGGACCCCCGACCACCGGGACCCCCAAACCGCGAGAUUCCCGGGAUCCCCCCCCCAGGGGACCCCCAAAAGGGUGGGACCCCCGAACCACGGGAUCUCCCAACCCGUGGGACCCCCGAACCACGAGACCCCCGGGACCCCCCAGCCCGGGGACCCCCGACCCACGGGACCCCCCAAACCGCGAGAUUCCCGGGAUCCCCCAACCCCCGGGACCCCCGACCCCCGGGACCCCCGGGAACCCCAAACCGCGAGACCCCCGACCCACAAGACUCCAAAACGGGCGGGACCCCCCGAUCCCCGGGACCCCGAACCACGAGACCCCCGGGAACCCCAAAUCGUGGGACCCCCGACCCCCGGGACCCCCGAAAACCGAGACAUCCCCGGGAUCCCCCAAACCGCGGAUCCCCCCGAUCCCGGGACCACCAGUCCUGGGACCCCCGACCCGCGGGACCCCCAAAAACCGCGAGAUCCCGGGACCCCCGACCCACGGGACCCCCGGGACCCCCUCAGGCCUCCCCCGCUCCAUGGGGCUCCCCCUCCCCGUGUCCCCCCGUGUCCCCCCCCGUUGUCCCCCCCCAUGUCCCCUCGGUGUCCCCCCCGUGUCCUCCCCCCAUGUCCCCUCGGUGUCCCCCCCGUGUCCCCCCUCAGGGCCGCCCCCGCCGGGCCCUGA